AUGGAACCACGGCAAGUGACCUCCGAGUUGAGCGGGGUGGACAGGUUGAAUGUGUUUCCUCGCCUCAGGAAUGCCACGGAAGAUGAAAGGGCGACCCCCGGCCCACAGUACCCACCACACCCCCGGCCUGCAACACCCGCUAAUACCACACCACGCAACACCCACCACACCCCCGCCCCGCAACACCCACAAUGCUCCCGCCCUGCAACACCCACCACAUUCCCGCCCUGUAACACCCACCACACCCCCGCCCUGCAACCCCCCCCCCCGCCCCGCAACACCCACAAUGCUCCCGCCCUGCAACACCCACCACAUUCCCACCCUGCAACACCCACCACACCCCCGCCUUGCAGCAACACCCACCACAUUCCCGCCCUGCAACACCCACCACACCCCCGCCCUGCAACACCCACCACAUUCCCGCCCUGCAACACCCCCCCCCCCCCCCCCCCGCAACACCCACCACUGUCCCGCCCUGGAUCACCCACCACACCCCCGCCCUGCAACACCCUCCACAUUCCCGCCCUGCAACACCCACCACACCCCCCGCCCGCAACACCCACCACACCCCCGCCCUGCAACACCCACUACACCCCCUCCCCGCAACACCCCCCACACACCCGCCCUGCAACCCCCACGUCACCCCCGCCCUGCAACCCCCACCACCCCCCCGCCCUGCAACACCCACCACACCACCGCCCCGCAACACCCACCACACCCCCGCCCCGCAACACCCACCACACCCCCGCCCCGCAACACCCACCACACCCCCGCCCUGCAACACCCACCACACCACCGCCCUGCAACACCCACCACACCCUGCCCUGCAACACCCACGUCACCCCUGCCCUGCAACACCCACCACACCCCCGCCCUGCAACACCCACCACAUUCCCGCCCUGCAACACCCACCACACCCCCGCCCUGCAACACCCACCACACCCCCGCCCAGCAACACCCACCACCCCCUCAACGCCCCCCACAUACCCGCCCUGCAACACCCACCACACCCGCCCUGCAACACCCACCACACCCCGCCCUGCAACACCCACCACCCCCCCGCCCCGCUACACCCACCACACCACCGCCCCUGCAACACCCACCACAUUCCCGCCCUGCAACACCCACCACACCCCUGCCCUGCAACACCCACCACAGUCCCGCCCUGCAACACCCACCACACCCCCGCCCUGCAACACCCACCACACCCCCGCCCUGCAACACCCACCACACCACCGCCCCGCAACGCCCACCACAUUCCCGCCCUGCAACACCCACCACACUGCCGCCCUGCAACACCCACCACACUACCGCCCCGCAACACCCACCACACCCAUGCACCAUAUUCCCGUCCUGCAACAACCACAACACCCCCGCCACACACUACACCUCCGCCCCACAACACCUGUCACCACCACCACCACCACCACCACCAUCCCCAGGGGUGGGGGCGUCGGCUGUAUGGCACUGGAGGCUGUUGUGUCCACAGGGACGAGAUUUUUACAAACAAAUAUAAAUAUACGAGAGUGGUGGGGUUCCAUCUUCUCCCGCCCCGACACAACGCCUCGCAGCCGGUCCUGCACCUUUCUUGCCUCCAGCCUCGCGCACCACCUCUCCUGA